UGACAUCUGUCAAUUGCGUUGUUUUUCAUUGACAUUUGUUUGUUUUGCUUUUAUUGAUUUGUUGUUCGGCGUAUCGCUUGUUGUCUCGCUUUUUGCAAGCUCAUAUUCAAGCACAGCAAUGGCCACUCCCCUGCCGUCCAACUUCAGCUCGCACCUGUGCAGCGUUGAGGUUUGUGACGUCCAGUACAACAUGCGGAUCCUCAAGAUGAAGGACUCGGUGUUCAUAUACAUUGGCGAGAAUAAAGCGGAGAACUUUGACGAAAUGGCAAUGGCUCUACCCACGGAGACUAGCGAAAUUUGCUCCACCACCAUUAUGGGAGAAGUGGUGGGUUGUGGUUCGGAAGACCUGGCCCAGAAGUUGGCCAGAAAGCUGAAGAAACAGGUCUACCUCAGUGCCAACGUGCCGAACGACCGGAUAGUUCGGCCCUCGAUUGAGCGGAAGCUGUUCGAGGAGAUCAACAACAAUCGGGAAUGCUUUUGAGGUGGAAUAAUAAGGAUAUGGAUGUGGAAGGUUCCCUCAAUACUGCCUGGAAUUUUGUAGGUAUUAGCUCAACAAUACCGCUUAUGCUAACAAAUGGAAUAAACAUGCUUUGCCGCAGUAUAUUUUUGUAAUCUAUUGCUAAAUAUAAGGA